AUGGGCACCGCUCGACGCCCUAUAAUUCUUUCCGAUGACCCCGACCCCAACCAUGUCUCGCUGCCCUCCUACAUCAGGCGCCACGUAAACCUCGGUUUCAACUCCAACGAUGUCGCCGCGCUCAUCAGCGCCAUUGAUUCCAGCCAGAAACCCCAACUACCGACGUUACCGCACCUCCCUGCCGAAAUUCUCCUACAUAUACUGGAACACGUACCGAUCGAUCACAUUUUGACCUGGAGGCUUGUGUGUCGCGGCUUCCGCGAUGCAAUUGAUGGCCCGGUCAUGUACGAGUGCCUAAAGAGGGCUGAGUUGAUUGGCUAUCUAGGACCUCGGGCAGGACACCCACUCGACCUAGUUAUGGAAGCGGACUACGAGCGGAUAAAGCUUGUGCGCGCAUCUUUCGAAAGACUCGAGGAUUGUACAACAACGGAGGGGAUUGCUGUGCAAGGUCGGGCGAAAUGGAGCGCGACACACGCGAUUUUUCAGCUUGAAGACGAAUGGUGGGAAUCGUUCUCGCUCAUCCGCGCCAAAUAUGACAGGAACGGCAGUUGGAAACAUCUCCUUGAGGCUCUGGAGCUUCUCAGUGAAGAAGACAGCUACGGGACAUUGAGGUGGUGCAUGAGGCUCGACAAAGCAGUCUUGGAUCUUGAAUUACCUGUGGAAGCGCUGAAGGGAUAUCUUCAGGUCGACUUACAGAACAAAAAGGUGUUGGUUGAGUGGAAGGACUUGCUUUUCCGUUUCAUAAAGACGGAGACAUUGCUCAGGACUAUGAUGGAAGAGAAACGCGACUCCGCGUUCACCUUCAGCUAUGAAGAAGAUUGCCUCAGAGCUCUCCGUCGCCAUUGCCUCCGCGCCGCGCUAGACCUGAACGACCGAUCGGACCGGCAGAUCAACUGGGCUAUGAACCUCCUCUGCCCUCUGUUUGGGCAACAACGUUACGAUCACGCGGACUCACUCUUUGGCGGUCUCGAAUACGCCGAGGACGAUGCCAUUGCUGUUCUGACCGUGCUCCGCAAAGAAGCCGCCAUGAGCCCUCGGCAGAUCGCUCAGCUCCGCCAGCUAGCUCACCACAGAAUAGCAAUGGAAGAAGAGCUAGGAAACACGGACAAGUUAUUUGGAGACUUUACCAGCGCUGUGUUCGGAAUAAGCCCAGCCCUAUGCAUCUUGUUCCAUCAGUUGCCCAAGGUUCCAUGUAAUCCUCUUGCGUGGAGCGAUGAAGUGACGGUGCGGGAGGCGGAGCGGAUACGUAUAUGGCAGACGCAAAAGAAGACAAGGCAGCAGUUGGCUGUUUUGAUGAAGGGCACUGUGGAGGCUCUUUCGCUGCCGGACGAUGCAUUUGAUGAUCUAGAGAGCGAUUUCUGA